CUUUUGUGAAUCUAGCAGAUUCUCCCUCGUUCUCACUUCAAUACUUACUAUGCCUUGUAGGUUGGUGUCAACGUGUUUAUCAGCUACAGAUACACUUUUAAGCUACUUGAACCCAAACUUUUGUCAUAGGAGGCCUGAAAACUUCAACUCCACUUUCACUUUCCUUUGUAUAACGCUGUUCAGAGGUGGAAAUGUAAUUUUCAGCAUUUUCCCUCCCCUCCCCAUUUGGGGUAGCUGUUAUUACCUUUCUCCUACCAUUCACUUGUUAAUGGCCUGUCAUCCUUUAGUUUUCUUUCAUUAAAAGUUACCAUUUAUUAAAUUUGUCAGUUUGUUUAUACAUGGGCACCCAUUGACUACUGUCUGAGUGCUUCUUAAGCAGGCAUUGUUUUAGGCAUUUUACAUUUAUCAACACACUUAUCUGUCAAGUUAAUACUUAGAAGGAAGCAGAUGUAAAUGCAAGGUAACUGGAGGCCAUGGAAUCAGUGUGCUUAGUUUCACUGCUACCUUUACAAAAUGGGCUCUCACAUCACAUAUGAUGUACACUUCACUAUCUCUAACCUUAUUCUGCCCCUUGAUCUCCCACCUCACCCGCCCCCGCCCCCCCCAUCCCACAGGCUGCCCACUUCCUCUCAUUUUCCUCGAGUCCACCGCUCCCAAGCCUUCACAUCUUGUAUCUUUUCUCUGACAUACUAGAGUCCUCUUCCUUCCGGAAAUUUUCCGGGUAGCUGAAACUCCUCACCAGACUCUGCCUCUCACUGGGCGGCCAGAGCGCAUGCGUACGGCAUCGCUGUGUAGAGCCACGGGGCCCGAUUCCCAGCCGCCCCCGCGCGCAGUGCAGGCUGGGGGAACAUGGCCGCUUCCGGUCUCGCAGUCCGCCUGGCGCGGGGCUGACAGCGGCUGCAGCCCGGUGCGCUCCUCCCUCUGCAUCUCGCGCCGGCGGUCGCGGAGGGCGCAGCGGCCUCCUGUUCUCGCGCCAUGGAGAAGAGUUCGAGCUGCGAGAGUCUUGGCGCGCAGCUCCCGGCGGCAAGGCUGCCCAGCGAGGACUCACUGUCCAGUGCUUCUACUUCUCAUUCAGAGAACUCGGUUCAUACCAAAUCAGCUUCUGCUAUAUCAUCAGAUUCCAUUUCAACUUCUGCAGACAACUUUUCUCCUGAUUUGAGGGUCCUGAGGGAAUCAAACAAAUUAGCAGAAAUGGAGGAACCAGCCCUGCUUCCAGGAGAGAACAUUAAAGAUAUGGCCAAAGAUGUGACCUACAUAUGUCCAUUCACUGGUGCUGUACGAGGAACGCUGACUGUCACAAAUUAUAGAUUAUAUUUCAAGAGCAUGGAGCGGGACCCUCCAUUUGUUCUAGAUGCUUCUCUUGGAGUGAUAAGUAGAGUAGAAAAAAUUGGUGGUGCAUCUAGCCGAGGCGAAAACUCUUAUGGCCUGGAAACUGUGUGCAAGGAUAUCAGGAAUUUACGAUUUGCUCAUAAACCGGAGGGGAGAACAAGAAGAUCCAUAUUUGAGAAUCUAAUGAAAUAUGCAUUUCCUGUGUCUAACAGCUUGCCUCUUUUUGCUUUUGAGUAUAAAGAAGUAUUCCCCGAAAAUGGGUGGAAACUAUAUGACCCCCUUCUAGAGUACAGAAGGCAGGGAAUUCCAAAUGAAAGCUGGAGAAUAACAAAGAUAAAUGAACGCUAUGAACUCUGUGACACAUAUCCUGCCCUCUUGGUUGUGCCAGCAAACAUUCCAGAUGAGGAGCUAAAGAGAGUGGCGUCCUUCAGGUCGCGGGGCCGGAUCCCAGUUUUGUCAUGGAUCCAUCCUGAAAGUCAAGCCACAGUCACUCGCUGCAGCCAGCCCAUGGUGGGAGUGAGCGGGAAACGCAGCAAAGAGGAUGAGAAGUACCUUCAGGCCAUCAUGGACUCCAACGCCCAGUCUCACAAAAUAUUUAUAUUUGAUGCUCGGCCAAGUGUCAAUGCUGUUGCCAAUAAGGCAAAGGGGGGAGGUUAUGAAAGUGAAGAUGCCUAUCAAAAUGCAGAACUCGUUUUUCUGGAUAUUCAUAACAUCCAUGUUAUGAGAGAAUCAUUGCGGAAGCUUAAGGAGAUUGUGUACCCCAACAUUGAGGAAACUCACUGGUUGUCUAACUUAGAAUCUACACACUGGCUGGAACACAUUAAGCUCAUUCUUGCAGGGGCUCUUAGGAUCGCUGACAAGGUCGAGUCUGGGAAGACAUCUGUGGUGGUGCAUUGCAGUGAUGGUUGGGAUCGUACAGCUCAGCUCACUUCCCUGGCCAUGCUCAUGUUGGAUGGAUACUAUCGAACCAUACGAGGAUUUGAAGUCCUUGUGGAGAAAGAGUGGCUAAGCUUUGGACAUAGAUUCCAACUAAGAGUUGGCCAUGGAGAUAAGAACCAUGCUGAUGCAGACAGAUCACCUGUGUUUCUUCAAUUUAUUGACUGUGUCUGGCAAAUGACAAGACAGUUCCCUACCGCCUUUGAAUUCAAUGAGUAUUUUCUCAUUACCAUAUUGGACCACUUGUACAGCUGUUUAUUUGGGACAUUCCUCUGUAACAGCGAACAGCAGAGGGGAAAAGAGAAUCUUCCUAAGAAGACAGUGUCACUGUGGUCCUAUAUAAACAGCCAGCUGGAAGACUUCACUAAUCCUCUUUAUGGGAGCUACUCCAAUCACGUCCUUUACCCAGUAGCCAGCAUGCGCCACCUAGAGCUCUGGGUGGGAUAUUAUAUAAGGUGGAACCCCCGGAUGAAACCACAGGAACCUAUCCACAGCAGAUACAAAGAACUUCUUGCCAAAAGAGCAGAGCUUCAAAGAAAAGUAGAGGAACUUCAGAGAGAAAUUUCCAACCGUUCAACCUCUUCUUCAGAAAGAGCCAGCUCUCCUCCACAGUGUGUGACUCCUGUCCAAACUGUCGUAUGAAAGGACUAGGCCAGGGGCAUCCUUGCCAGAAACUUGACAUUACAGCACCUUAUGGGUAGAAAGCCUUCUGUGUUUUAGACCCAUCUAUAGGAGAAUCCUUCAGAUGCUGUAUUUAUUUCAGAUCUCUCUUAGAUGAGUUUAGAAACAUAGCGGUGCAAGUGACAAUGAAGAUGAUCUCAUUUGUAAUUAAAGUAUGACACUAAUCUUAAGUCACCCAAAGAAUACUAAAGUACAGCAAUCCUGUAUUCACACUGGGAGCAAGUUUUUCAUUUAAAAAUGUCUUAAAAACCUGAGCACCUGGUAAGAUCUCUAGGAGAAGGGAGAAAAGCAAGGGCAUCUGAGAGCAUACAUAUUGAGCUUUGAUAUCUGUGUCAGAUCCAAAUACUCCUUUCUCAGACUUCCACUCUCUGCUGUGAGUGAAUGAACAAGAAACUGAAGCAGAAUCAAAACCCAAAGCCUACAGUUGGGAUCCAGCUGGACAUAGGUAGGAUUUAGUAUCUUUCAAUUACUAUUCUAAUUAAGAGUUGGCACCAUUGUCAUUCAGGUGACAUUUCGACAGUUUUAAUGUCCUGAAAUCCAAACAAGGAGUUAAGAGAAGUGUUAACAGUUGAAGUGGUGACUGAGCUGUGAAUGUUUGCCAUGUCACCAGAGCAGGUUUUCACCUUCCUGGGGGGGGGGUGUCCUAUGGACUCACUGUUGUCAGUUCAUUGUUGCUGAAACCUGUUCAUCAGAAAAUUGCACACACAAAUAAAGGUUUAUAUACAAUGAAAGAUUCAUCAAUCUCAAAAAUCUAUGUAAGGACUCCUAAGAAUUCUAACUAGAAAAUUAAUUCAGCAAGAGAUUGGGCCUUCUGAUGCCCAAGUAGCAUAAACAAUUCAUACUAUUUAACUAUAAUUCAUAACCUCCUUCUCAAUUACUUUUUUAAGUACAUGGCUAGUACGUUCACCAGCCUAUCUAAACCACUCAGUAACAUUGGACUUAGGUCUCUGUAAGCACAAGAAUGACAAACAUGUAUCAAAUAUUCUUGUUUCUCAAUCAGGAUACUAAUAUGCACUUUUUUGAGAUUGUAUAACAAAUAAAACCUUUGUUAGCUGGCUGUUAAGCAAAGUUUAAAAAUCGUUUUAUUGAUUUGAAGCACCAAAUUUAUAAAAAUUAACAUGUCAACCUAUUCAAAAUUAAUAAUUUACAAUGACAUGAUAGACGGGUGUAUUCAGUUCACAUACUACCCUUAUACUGUAUGCUAAAAGCAUGGGAUUCAACAUGAUUACAAAUAGGUACUGUCUAAAAACUGCAAAUGUAUACAUUUCACAACACCUCCCCCCUUUCAUUCUUUAUUCCAUUAACAACUGUUUAAUGAAGACAUUGUGACAUAUUUCAUGGGCUGACUUAAAAUGUUUGGGUCUUUAAUAGUGGAUUUACUAUUGAUCAAUGUCUGAAAUACCAAAGCAAAACAAAGUCCUCUUGAAAACAGUACAUUUAAUGGUCAUCUGGAGAAGGGAAAGUAGUGGGCACUUCAUGCUUGGGAAGAUUUAAAAACAAAACUUCAAGCACUGACCAUGGGAACAGCCUCAUACUCUGAAUUUUCAAACCCAAUUUAUAUAUAUACCUACUUAAAAAACACAUCCACAAGUAAAAAACUGGUCAUUUGUUUACAAAGUGCAGUGUAUGAGUACAGCAAAUUCAAAGACACAGUGGGCUCUCUGCUGUAGACCUCCGUCUCCAUUCAGUUAUGCUGCACAGCACAACAGACAGUAAUGAAGCUUGGCCCUAACACCUGCCAGUAAUGGCAGCUUAGCAAGCAUGAGACCUGGAAAGUCCGCUCAUUGUCCAGUAAGUACAUCAUUUAUGACCAGUAAGGUACAUCAUUUAUGACCUGGUGUCAGUAAUCCCAACACAGAUUACUGCUUUGCAAUGAAUUCUGUAUGGUUUGCAUGUCCUUCAGUAACUGAAGAUUUUUCCUGCUUUUUUCUCCGGGUCUCUGUUUGGUCAGAUCCUUCUUACUUGUGGUCCUUGUGACUCCAGAUGAACGACCGCUGCUGUAUCCUUCUUCAUCAAGAGUCUUUUUGUUAACUUUUAAUUCCUUCUUCUGCUUAUCUGUGUUUUGUUUUUCCAGCUGAACAAUCAAAGCAGGGAAAAAAUGAAUUCAAUAAAAACAUUUUCUUUUA